AUGAAAUCAGGCAAGUCUGGAACAAAAUUAUAUUUUAUUAUCUAUUUUACAGUUGCAAUUAUUACAAUUGUAUCAUCAAACGAUGUAGCUAUUCUUACAUUUACACCCUUUGUUACUUAUUUUGCUAGAGCUGCUGGAAUUAACCCGUUACCUUAUUUAUUUUGUCAAUUUAUGUCUGCAAACAGCUGGGGUAUAAUGCCGAUUAUAUCUAAUCCAACAAACAUUGUUAUCGGUACUGGUUUUGGUCAAUCAUUCGGUGUUUAUGUAAAAUAUGCUGCAAUUCCUUGUAUUUUUGGUGGAAUGACACCAUGUAUUAUGUUGUAUCUUAUGUUCAAGAAGCAAAUCACAAAAGAAUUCAUGAUGAAAGAAAAAUUACCAGAACCGAAGUCAUUAAUCAAUAACAGAUUCGAUAUGUGGGUUGGUGUAUUCUUCCUUGCAGCUACAGUUGUUUUCAUGGCUUGCAGCUCAAUUCCUGGCUUCAGUAUUGAACUUUGGCAAAUUGCAGGAAUUAUGGCAGCAAUUCUUUUAGUUUAUAACAUAAUUAUAGAUGUAUGGAGAUAUAUUAAAGAUAAACAAUCUCCAAAACUGAAAGAAAUCUUAGCAACUCUUCCUUAUUCAAUUAUUCCAUUUUUAUUAUCACUUUUUAUAUUGGUAAGCAACCUCACUGGUACGGGGUUGUUCCAAAUCAUUGGAAGCAACAUAGCAAAGCUCACAAAUAUCUCAACUCCAAUCGCUGUAACGAUAUUUGAUGUAAUUGCUACAAUUUUCGGAAAUGCAUUGAAUAAUAUUCCGAUGUCUGUAUCAAUGGUACCAAUUAUACAAGCAACAGAUAAUAAUAAACCUCUUGGAUCCAUUUACGCCGCAAUUAUUGGAGCAAAUUUAAUUGCUCUUCUUACUCCGCUUGGAUCUCUUGCAGGAAUCAUGUGGAUAGCUCUUUUAAGAGGUAACCAUGUUAAAAUUGGCUUCUCCGAUUUCAUGAAAAUCGGAUUUAUUGUUACACCAACUGCACUCGCUUUGUCUUUGAGUGCAUUGAUGAUAAUUUUGUUGUUGUGGUAA